AUGAAGCACAGCCUACAGGUGGUAGCGUUCGCCAAAAAUGACGCCUUCGAACAGCUCAAGGGUCUCAAUACGCAUAGUCCUGUCGCGGUGCGAGGCACUGCCCAACGGAAGAAACAAAAAGCAUCCGACACAGCUGAACAAGCCCCAGAGGAUAUGUGGGAGAUUGCAUUGGAGGAAAUCCACCCAUUGAAUGACUUCCCAAAGGAGCUCAUCAUGACUCCGGAGACCGUUUUUGCGCCAGAGCAACGAUACCUGCAACUGCGCUCCGACGCGGAGCUGAGAGAAGCAUUGGCAUUCCGCGCAGAGGCGCGUAAUAUCUGUAAGAAAGAGCUGGAUGAAGGCAGCGACCGCUUCUUAGAGAUUGAGACACCUGUGCUAUUCAAAUCUACACCGGAGGGCGCCCGCGAAUUUUUGGUUCCGACGCGUCGCCCUGGGCUAGCAUAUGCAUUACCGCAGAGCCCCCAACAAUAUAAGCAGAUUUUGAUGGCGAGUGGCAUUCCACGAUACUAUCAAUUCGCACGCUGCUUCCGUGAUGAGGAUCUCCGGGCUGACCGACAGCCGGAAUUUACGCAACUUGAUAUGGAGAUGUCGUUCGCGACCGGACAGGAUGUUAUGCGCACCAUUGAAGGUGUUAUCCGCCGUCUGUGGUCUACUCUGAUGAAAGACCCUGCACCCGACGGCCCCUUUAAAAAGGUUUCCUAUCAGGAGGUCAUGGCCAAAUAUGGUUCCGACAAGCCGGACACGCGCUAUGGCAUGGAGAUUAUGCGGAUCGAUCAUCUUCUACCAGUUGACCUUGUUGGCAAAAUCUCUGAUCUGGAUGACCCCAUAGUGGAGGCCUUCAAGCUCGAAGCGAACGACAACGAUCCUCAAGACACUCAUAAAUUCAUCUCUCAAUUCCUCGAAUCCCCAGCAGGGGCCCAAUUCAACAGCAACCCCGACGGAGGGCCGGGGGUGUUUGUUUAUAACGGAAAGCAGCCCCUUUGUGGCCUCCAACCCUUCGGCUUCGAAGCCGCCGAGCAAGUGGAAGAAGUUCUCGAUCCUGACCAUGGUGACCUAAUCAUCCUACAAGCUCGUCCCCGGGCCCCAUUCUCUGGCGGCUCCACCCCAAUUGGCGAUUUACGACGAGCCAUGCAUGCCUAUGCAGUUUCUACAGGCUUCAAGCCUGCGCCGACCGGGUUUGACUUCAUGUGGGUUGUUGAUUUCCCACUCUUCUCGCCCUCCUCUGAAACCGAACCCGGCCAAGGCGGUGCUGCGGGUAUCUCAUCCACUCAUCACCCCUUCACGGCCCCCAAAACAGCCGCCGACGUCGACAUGCUCCUCAUUGACCCAACACAAGCUGUCGCAGACCAUUACGAUCUCGUGGUGAACGGUGUCGAGCUUGGCGGGGGAAGUCGACGUAUCCAUGACGCCGCCGUUCAGGAAUUUAUUCUCCGUGAUAUUCUGAAGAUGCCAGUUGAACGUUUGGCUGAUUUCUCGCAUCUUCUUGAUGCUUUGCGGGCUGGGUGUCCCCCACAUGCUGGUCUAGCGCUGGGAUUUGAUCGUCUCGUCGCUGUCAUGUUGGGCAAAGAGUCAGUGCGAGAUGUCAUUGCGUUCCCGAAGACUGGAAAGGGAGGCGAUGAUGCUAUGGUCAAGGCGCCAAGCCCUAUCACCGAGCAAGCAUUGGAGACGUAUCAUCUGCGGCUGAGAGAGUAG